UCACCUGUUGUUUGACAAUAACUCGCGAGCGCAGGGAACACAGCUGCACUCUGAGUUGCACUAUCAACCUGACUAUCAACUCUUGCACGGCCCAACGCCAUUACUUGUUAACAAAGGCUAGGUAGUCAAAAUGAGCAAGCAGCUUACACAAGCUGUGGCAACGGAAACUGGCGAGAAGGUCAUCGCGGGCAGCGUGCGGCCGGACGGCACGGUGCGGAAGGAGCGGCGCAUUCGUGCCGGCUAUACCCCCCAGGACGAGCAGCCAGUGUACCAGUCGCGCGGUACCGUGGCGAAGGCAAGCAUUCCGACAUGCCCUGGAAUGGACGAGGCAGAGGUGGCUGCACUGAAGGCUGCUGCCUCCAAGGGCAAGAAGCCGGCUAGCUCGGGCCAGCCUGCCGCACCCAAGCCCAAGCCCGCCGCCAGCGCUGCGCCCUCCAAGCCAGCAACUGCCGCCGCCGCCGCCGCGCCCGCAACAAAGCCGGCGGUUGAGGCGCCUCCUGCCGCGCCGGAGGACCCCAAGGUCGCGCUCGAAAAGCAGAUCCGCAACCUGGGCAAGAAGGUGCGGCAGUGCGCCGAGAUAGCGGAGAAGAAGGCGGGGGGCGCCAAGCUGGACCCGGACCAGGAGAGCAAGCUGGCCAAGAGCUUGGAGUGGCAACAAGAAAUCAAGCAGUUGGAGGAGCAGCUGGCGAAGCUUUCUGCAUGAGCUAAGGUUGCUAGCGGACAGCUUGCAAGACAGACUUGUCCGGGACGGUGUGGUACGAUAGGUGUCUCGGGAAGGUGAUGACGAGGAUGCGGUGAAUGAGAGGAUGACAGGCGGAGCGCGCGAUUUGGAAGGUCAGGCGCACAUGCUUGCUGGACAGAGAGCACGGAGACGUGCGUGGGCAUCGGGCAGGCGUGCAGGCGUACGUGCGGCGCAUGGUGGUUGCGCUGAUAGCAUGGGGCCAAUGGGCCCAGCGGCUGCACAAAGUGCUCGUGGGGCAACUUGUUCACAAGAGAAGCUAGGAUUAUAACGAACCUUGUGAUACUACUACGCGUGGAAUGCCGGGUCAGCGAGAGUGCAUGCAGGACUGCAGCGUUUCCAAGCGACCCAGAAUAACCCAACGAGGCG